CUGCACUCGUGCGCAGGCGUGGACGGGAGCGCGCACCGAGGAGCCGAGGGAGGGGUCACGAACUCUGACCCCCCCAAUACCCAAACCCAGAAAGCUCCCUGCCCCCAUUUUUUUUAACCCUCCCCCCUUCAGCUUUCUCCAACCUGUCUCUUCCCGGAGCCCCCCCCGCCGCCCAGCAGCCGCUGCAGCGGGGCUGUCGUCUACGCCCGGCGAAGGACGUAGCUCGGCAGAGAAGCGCCGGACACUUGGCAAUUAAAUCAUGGCAACCAUAGAAGAAAUUGCACAUCAAAUUAUUGAACAACAGAUGGGAGAGAUUGUUACAGAGCAGCAAACUGGCCAGAAAAUCCAGUUUGUGACAGCACUUGAUCAUAAUACCCAAGGCAAACAGUUCAUUCUGACAAAUCACAGUGGCUCUACUCCAAGCAAAGUCAUUCUGGCCAGGCAAGAUUCUACUCCAGGAAAAGUUUUCCUCACAACCCCAGAUGCAGCAGGUGUCAACCAGUUUAUUUUUACAACUCCUGAUUUGUCUGCACAACACCUCCAGCUCUUAACAGAUAAUUCUUCCUCCGAACAAGGACCAAAUAAGCUUUUUGAUCUUUGCGUAGUAUGUGGAGACAAAGCAUCAGGGCGUCAUUAUGGAGCAGUAACUUGUGAAGGCUGCAAAGGAUUUUUUAAAAGAAGUAUCCGAAAAAAUUUAGUUUAUUCAUGUCGAGGAUCAAAGGACUGUAUUAUUAAUAAACACCAUCGAAAUCGCUGUCAAUACUGCAGGUUACAAAGAUGUAUUGCGUUUGGAAUGAAACAAGACUCUGUUCAGUGUGAAAGAAAACCCAUUGAAGUAUCAAGAGAAAAAUCUUCCAACUGUGCCGCUUCAACAGAAAAAAUCUACAUUCGAAAAGACCUUCGAAGCCCAUUAGCUGCAACUCCAACUUUUGUAACAGAUAGUGAAACUGCAAGGUCAGCAGGACUGUUAGAUUCAGGAAUGUUUGUGAAUAUUCAUCAGUCUGGCAUAAAAACUGAGUCAACUGUGCUGAUGACACCAGAUAAGGCUGAAUCAUGUCAGGGAGAUUUAAGUACAUUGGCAAGUGUGGUUACAUCAUUAGCACACCUUGGAAAAACUAAAGAUCUUUCUCCAAAUGGUAAUGAAUUGUCUAUGAUUGAAAGCUUAAGCAAUGGUGAUACCUCUUUGUGUGAAUUUCAUCAAGAAAUGCAGACUAAUGGUGAUGUUUCAAGGGCAUUUGACACUCUUGCAAAAGCAUUGAAUCCUGGAGAGAGCACAUCCUGUCACAGCUCAGUAGAGGGCAUGGAAGGAAACGUACAUCUAAUUGCUGGAGACUCAAGCAUAAAUUACAUCGAAAAAGAGGGGCCACUUCUCAGCGAUUCACAUGUAGCUUUCAGGCUCACCAUGCCAUCUCCUAUGCCUGAGUACCUGAAUGUGCACUACAUUGGGGAGUCUGCCUCCAGACUGCUGUUCUUAUCAAUGCACUGGGCACUUUCGAUUCCUUCCUUCCAGGCUCUAGGGCAAGAAAACAGUAUAUUAUUGGUGAAAGCCUACUGGAAUGAACUUUUUACUCUUGGUCUUGCCCAGUGCUGGCAAGUGAUGAAUGUAGCAACUAUAUUAGCAACAUUUGUCAAUUGUCUUCACAGUAGCCUUCAACAAGAUAAAAUGCCAACAGAAAGAAGAAAAUUAUUGAUGGAACACAUCUUCAAACUACAGGAGUUUUGUAACAGCAUGGUAAAACUCUGCAUUGAUGGAUAUGAGUAUGCCUACCUGAAGGCAAUAGUACUCUUCAGUCCAGAUCAUCCAGGCCUAGAAAACAUGCAACAGAUUGAGAAAUUUCAGGAAAAGGCUUAUGUGGAAUUCCAAGAUUAUAUAACCAAAACAUAUCCAGAUGACACCUACAGGUUGUCCAGACUACUACUCAGAUUGCCAGCUUUGAGGUUGAUGAAUGCUACUAUCACCGAAGAAUUGUUUUUCAAAGGUCUCAUUGGCAAUGUACGAAUUGACAGUGUCAUCCCACAUAUUUUAAAAAUGGAACCUGCAGAUUAUAACUCACAAAUAAUUGGUCACAACAUUUGAAAGCUGAGAUCUCAGUUUAAACUGAUUGUUCUUUCUUACUAGAACACAAGAAGACACCAAAAUGAACUCAUUGCUUCCAGGGCAUCUGGAAGUUUUUACUUUAAAGAGUAACCAAAAACCAAGAUAUUUUUAUCUUCCUUAAGAAGAAUUUUUGAAGUGACUGGGCAGGUAGCAGGAAUUAGAAUUUCCCUUCCUGUCUUAUUUGAGUGAGUAAAAAUACUAUGAUUUAUUCUUGGCUGAGAUGACACCUAGAGCCAUCACCUCUUGACUAAGAUAUCUCCUUUUAUUUUAUAAAACAAAUAAGUCUCUCUUUUUUCCCC